UUCGAAGGUUGUGAUUCUAUUGAAGGCCAACACAGGUUUCAGAGCAGGGGAGAUUCGGUUAUGGCUACAUCGAAGAUGGUCAUGUCUUCGCUGACCCACUUGCGUCCACUAACCUGCGCCGCCUCCGCAUCACGAAUAGUGUCUCAUCCACCUGACCUUAUCAACUGGGUUACCAGAGAAGGUGGCUUCGUGCACCGUGCGGUGAAGAUAGCUCAGCUUGGCUCCAAUGGUUUAGGACUAGUUGCUAAGCAAGAAAUUCCAAUGGGCAGUGAGCUUAUUGUUCUUCCUCACCAUAUUCCUCUGCAGUUUCCCUCUCUUGAUGUCAACCCUCAUGACUCUGCAUUGCUUCAACUGGUUCACCAUGUUCCUGAGGAACUGUGGGCGUUAAAACUGGGUUUGAAGCUUCUGCAAGAAAGAGCAAAAGUUGGAUCCUAUUGGUGGCCAUACAUCAGCAAUCUCCCGAUAACAUACAGUGUGCCUAUCUUCUUUCCUGGGGAAGACAUCAAGAACCUGCAGUAUGCUCCUCUUCUUCACCAGGUAAACAAAAGAUGCAGGUUUCUUCUUGAGUUUGAGCAAGAAGUCAAGCGUGCCUUAGCCAGUCUUACACCAGAUAAGCAUCCUUUUGGUGGCCUAGAAGUAGAUGCACCUUCUCUUGGAUGGGCGAUGUCAGCAGUCUCAUCUAGAGCAUUCCGGCUGCAUGGUAACAAGGAUCCAAAUGGAACACACGUUGACAUACCCAUGAUGCUCCCUCUGAUUGACAUGUGUAAUCAUAGUUUCAAUCCAAAUGCUAAGAUUAUUCAGGAACAAGAUAGCAGUAGCACAAAGAUGCAAGUGAAGGUUGUGGCCAAGACAACUAUCAAAGAAGAUGAUCCUUUAUUACUUUGCUAUGGCAAUUUAAGCAAUGAUCUUUUCCUUCUCGACUAUGGAUUUGUGAUGCACUCAAACCCUUAUGACUAUAUUGAGCUCAAAUAUGAUGGUGCUUUUUUGGAUGCUGCAAGCACGGCUGCUGGAGUUUCUUCACCAAACUUCUCGACACCUGCUCCCUGGCAGGAACACAUUUUAUCUCAGCUAAACCUAGCGGGAGAAGCUCCAGAUCUCAAGGUGAGCUUAGGUGGUCAGGAAAUAAUAGAGGGGCGCUUGUUGGCUGCAUUAAGGGCCCUCCGUGCAAGUGAUGCGGAAACUGUGCAAAAGCAUGACCUCAACACUCUCAAGUCUUUACAUGCUGAGGCUCCUCUUGGUGUUGCAAAUGACAUUGCUGUAUUUCGCACCCUCAUUGCUCUGUGUGUCAUUGCACUGGGACACUUUCCCACCCAAAUAGCAGAUGAUGAAUCACUGUUGAAGCAGGGCGCUCCAGGUUCAACUGAGUUAGCCAUUCAGUUCAGAAUGCAAAAGAAAUCUGUGAUUAUAGAUGUUGUGAGAGAUCUCUCAAGGAGGGUAAAGCUUCUCUCAUCAAAGGAAACAGUGACCGCCGAGGGCUAAUAGCGUGCUUGCAUUUGGCAGUAGACACAAUCUAAAGCACGGUAACUCCUGAAGCUAGACUCUGUCGCUUCUCCUCAGAAGUCACAAGUAGAACCAAACACGCAGCAUGUUUGUUUGACUGCUAUCAUGAAUCUCAUUCCAUAUCUUGUUCCCUUCACCACCACCUACGUUAUCCUUUUCCUUGUUCUCUUCCCUUUUCUGUUUCUUUCUGAUGGAUUUCUUUUCUCCCUUUAAUAUUCUCUUGUCACUUUUACUCUAUUGUUAUCUUGUUGUUUUAUUUAUCAUACUUGAUAGUUGAUACUUUAGUGGUCAGUGGAAUUUUGGUUAGAAACAUCUUCUAUUGAAAUAUUAGCACUGCCUUUGAUUA